GCACGCGCGUGUGGAGUAGGCGGGACCUGUUCGCGCAGAAACGCGGUCACACGCUUACCUGAUUUAACUUUUGUCUAAGAAGGAAAGAUUAACUUGAGUAAGUUCGUAUCUAUGUGGCCGGAAGAGGUCAACCGACAUUUUUGCGACAACCCACGGAACACAGGAUGCGCCGUUAUCGGCGUGCAUUGCUCCUGUGCUCGGCGUUCACAUUUUUUUCAUCGCUCUACGUGUUCAAUCAUCUUGCAUCCAGCCUGGAGGACACCGACGAGCGGCGCCUCAGCGAGCUGAAGACACCCGAUGGAGGCAGUCCCGACUCGGGGAACGUUCUCCGGAAAAGGCCCGGUUCGGCAGGCCGUCGAGUACGCCUGCCGUUCAGGUGUAAGUCAUUGUCAGUCUCUUACUGGAAUCCGUUUUGGAGGUUGCCUGCUGAUGUUUGUGGACUGAACCGCUUUGUGGAUUCAUCCUUUAGAGACGGAACAAACUCAGAAGAAGAAGAUGGCGGCGAUGAAAGCAGUCACCUGGCCGUGGUGGCCUGUGGCCCGAGGCUGGACGAGACGCUCACCAUGCUCAAGUCGGCCCUCCUGUUCAGCAAAAAGCCGCUCAAGUUUCACAUCUUUGCAGAUGAAGAGCUUCAAGGCAGAUUCCAGAAUUCGCUGCACUCCUGGCCAAGGUCAAUUCAGAGCAAGUUUAACUUCACCAUCUACCCCAUCACCUUCCCCAGCGGGAAUGAGAACGAGUGGAAGAAGCUCUUCAAACCGUGUGCCUCACAACGGCUCUUUUUACCACUAAUACUGAAGGAGGUGGACUCUUUGCUCUACGUGGACACAGAUAUCCUCUUUCUGCACCCUGUGGAAGGCAUCUGGGCCGCGUUCUCUCGGUUCAACUCCAGCCAGUUGGCUGCCAUGGCCCCGGAGCAUGAGGAGCCGCGUAUCGGCUGGUACAACCGUUUCGCUCGCCAUCCUUACUAUGGCAACACUGGCGUCAACUCGGGAGUCAUGCUCAUGAACAUGACACGCCUCAGGAAAGCUUUUUUUAAGAAUGGCAUGACAACAGUUGCACUUCAAUGGAGUGAAAUGCUGAUGCCCCUGCUGCAAAAAUAUAAACUCAACAUCACCUGGGGGGACCAGGACCUUCUCAAUAUCAUCUUUCAUCACAACCCAGAAAACCUCUACGUGUUCCCCUGCCCGUGGAAUUAUCGUCCGGAUCACUGCGUCUACGGCCUUAACUGUCAGCAGGCAGAGGAAGAUGGAGUCUUCAUUCUCCACGGCAGCAGGGGAGUUUACCAUAACGAAAAGCAGCCGGCGUUUAGAGCCGUCUACGAGGCCAUCAAGCAGUACCCCUUUGGCGAGAACAUGGAGACGUCACUGCUUCAGCCGCUGGAAGCAGCUCUUCGGACCGCCGCCGAUUCCUACUGUGGACGGGUGAGCCACUUGUUCACCAAGAGCCUCAAACAAAGUAUUGCGUCUGUUCAACGGGAGCCAUGAGAUAUUUUGCCCGUAAGGGUGUCCACACUCUAGAAAAUCUGUGCCGAGCUAUUGGGCCGCCUGUUACGUACGCCGACCUUGGAAGCGGUGCGGUGUGCACGACGUCGACAGAGACGUGUAGCGAUACGAUGAGUUAUUCACGCCAAGGUCCCUGCACAGUAGAAACUGAAAUGACAGAACUGACAGAAAGGUCGCAGGACAAAGUUGAAAGAGAUGACGGGAGGGAGGAAAUCGCAAAGGUUGCGUUGAAAGGCCUGAGCUGAUAUUCAAAGACAGAUCGUCUCCGCCGUGAUGCAGACAAAAAAAGCAUCCCCCCAAAAAAUGAAGUUAAUCUAAAGAUAGAACUUUCUGUCCAAGUAUUUUCAAACUAGAUGCAUAAAGUACUGCAAUUGACCUCCCCGGAUAUGUCGGCCAAUUUGCCAGAUUAAAGGAAUGGCGCACUAUAUGGUAAUAUCUAUAUUUAGUCCACCUUCUCAUCUGUAAUGAGUUAUUUAGUGUCUCCCUGUGGAAAUGAAGACUUAAAGGAAAAAACAGAAGAGAAAAAAAAGAGGCGCGAGGCGUUUUCCUUUAAUGCUCGCAUCCUUUUGAGCUCUUUAAGAGCUUCUGCGUUUUUUCCCUUAAGAACGUUUUGAUACGCGGGGGCCAAUAAGGCGGAUGACUAAUAGGCUCCGGCUUCCUGAAUUAUUAUCUGUUUACAACUUUUCCACUGUGUAAAUUGGGCUGGUAGUCAUGCGCAACCCGCUUAAUUUUUUCUGUGUUUUCAAGUGCUGCUUCAUAUAAAACACCACCAUCACCCCCUUUUUUUUUUGUAUUUAUUUAUUUUUUUAAAUACCACCGUCCAAAACAUAGUUGAAUUUGCCUCUGCGGAGGUGAUUCAUUUAGCAAUAGGAUUGAGACAAUCAGGUUGUUUUUAAGAAAGAUUUACAAUCACAGUCAUGUCACGAUAAUCACUUUGCACAGUUCGCCUCAGCUGGAAAGUCAUCGAGGCGUACUUCAACAUUUAAGCGCAAAUAAGGAGGAACUUUUUUGAAGGCACAAAGAGAAAAUGAAUGUACAUGCUAACCAUAGCCUGUCUGCGACAUCAUCACGUCUUGAAAUGAAGAGUUUUGGUGGUCGCACGAAAAGGUGUCCAGCAUUAUUUCAGGCCACACCCGUAAGGGAAUUUACCUUACAAAUCUGAAUUUUAAUUGUCAUUUUAAAUGAACAUUGUUUCUACUGAGAAUGAGAAUGUGUUCACAGGUACCGUGUAGCAUUUAUGUAGCGCGACAAUAUUAUGAAUUAUAAACUAUGUAUUUGGUCUCUACAUUAUUUAAAGUCACCGCCAGUGAUACAAGAUUGUGUUGUUUAUGUUGAAGAAUAGUAUUGCUACGUUGACGCGGUGUAGACCUAGCAUUAGCUAAAACCAGCCUGUUGCUAUACGAAACAUUUUUGUCAAUGUGAAACAAAUUUUGUGUAUUAUUGACACGCAUUGUUACAUUUUUUUGUAUCCCCGAAUAACCAUUAAAGUCUUGAGUGUUUUA